AUGACCAGCGAUAAACAGUAUUUGGAAUAUGGAGGGCUCGGUACAGGAACCCCAUCGAUGAGRCAAAAACAAUAUAGACAACACAAAUUUGAAAAGGCUAUCGAUGAUGUUCACUCACAUAAAACUACCAGAUUUGGAUCAGAUGAAACAUCUAUUGCUCAACCAGAGAAAAAAGCCAUUCGAAAGACAAUGAUAUCAGGAGCAAAUUCUGGAACACAUAGACUGAAUAAAGUACUGAUAGAUUCUGGAUAUAUCCCUGAUUGGAUAGCGCUUGAAAAAGAGAUCCGUGAUGACUUACACACACUUAGAAUAUCAAUGAACAUAAAACGAUCUAAACUUGGKCCAAUGCCAUUUACAAAGAAAGACUCGAUCAAAUGGGAUGAAUACCGAGAAGGCUUUCAACAGAUGGUUCGAUUAAUUGAUUCCAAAAUCGAUAAGUUGAACCUUAUCGUUCCUAUCAUGACACGACAAAAAGUUCAUGUGAAUUUAGAUCGAGAAAUUAUGAAAGUUUUGAAUGAAUUCAGCGGUAUUCCUGCAAGUAAUGGGAACGGUGCCAAAGGUAAAAACCAACAGCAGCUUGCAGUACAUGGAUAUGAGGACUAUACAAAUAUUUUAAAAUCGUUUUUCACUAAAUGUUUUACUUAUUUUCUCAAAUCAACUUGGUAUUACAGUAAUAAGAUUUUUCAUUUAUUCAAAGUUAAAUAUGCAAAUAAAAAUUGAUAAGUUCCUCGUCUUUGUAAUUUAAAUACCUAUCUCAAAAAAGGUUGUCCGAGUAUGGACAGCGGCAUAAAAUUGUCGAACGGUACUGCUCGACUGAAAGGAGAUAUGGGUUUUGCAUAUUGAUGGGAAAAAUAAAUCAUUUGUAAUGUAC